CACCACAAUAAAGGAACCCCUAGCUCUGCCUAAGAUCUCUCUCUUGUUUCCGUUAACUUACAUCACAUGUGAUUUGGAUCCAUUAAAUGUAUUAGGCCAUGGCAGGAAAGGAAAAGUACCCGAUUAGAACUCGCACUAUCGUGUUUAUAGGAGUGAGUGUAUGUCCUUGGACCUUGAUCAUACAUCCAUAUGUUUUGAGUCAUUAGAUCGACAUGUGAAUUAAGAUGUAGACUAUCAAACAGUAUAAGCAAGGGGGCAUAGCCGCACAACUAUAAGCAAGGGGUUAUUAACAUUUUGUGUUUUGGCGAUUUGACUAGGUAACUCAAAUCAAAAUUUGAACUCUCCAAAACUUGAUUUCGAAUUUCAUUGACACUAACUCUAACUAUAAUGACGUAUGUCGAAGUUUUAUGAGAGGAUAAUGAUCCUAACUUUAAAAUUACUUGCCAACUCUUAAUAAUUUGUGAUGAGAUGAGAAUAGUUCACUGCACACUUCAUCAACUCUACUGCAAUGUACUGUUUGAGAUUAGAAGUCAGUUUCACUACUGCAGACUAGAUCUCUACAGAAAAUGUAAUAACCACAUUCUUAUCUUCUUCUUUUUUUUACCAUUACUAAUUACAAAAUGACAAAUAAAAAUGGAGCCUUACCAAGAAACAUUACAAAGCUGUAUUGGGAAGCUGAGAGAGCGUUACAGUUUCAUUGAACACAAGUCAAGAACACAUAAAUUAAGGACACAAACAAACGAAACAUCUUUUUGUUUGGUCUGUUACUCUGUUGUGCAAAUAAAAAAAUAAUUAAAAUACUCUACUCGAAAAUCUCAUGGACAUAAUUAAACAGAUAAAGGUGGGAUCUUUCGGCAAAACCCAGUUCAUAUAAAACCCUAACUCCCUCAAUCAAAUCCAUUUGGCUCCCUCCGCUCCUUCAACAAACAAGCAUCAUUACACUAGACUAACCCACCAAAGAAACCAAAAAGAAAACAGCUCUUUGACAGAAAAUUCCCCCUUUCCUCUUUCCCUGUCAAGCACAGCACCACCUCAAACUGAAAAAAACCCACCAACCCAUUCUCUUUCUCUCAUAUCCUCAUCAUACAAAUGACAAAUCAAUCAAAAUUUGGGAAUUAAUUAAAAUAAUUAGUCAAUCCCCCUCUCUCCCUCUCCCACUUUCCCUUCCUUUCUGUUUUCUGUUCCGAGUGUUCUCCCAUCUUCCCUCACAUCCUGUCUUCCAAUAAACCCUUCCUCCCCAAUUUUCCUCUGCCUUCUUGUUCUGCUGCCGAGCUUCUUUUUGUGGUCUGGUUGCCCUUCUGGGGUUUUUUCUUUUAGCACUAAAAUGGAGAAGAGAGCUUUGUCAUACUGCUUGGAGGAAGGAGAUUCUGAGAUGCUUCUCUCUUAAAUCUUUCUCCAUUACAGCCAUUCCUCAAGAGGUAUUUUUGGGGGCUUUUUUCGUACUUUAAUUUGAUGAAUCCUUGCUUCUUUUAUGCCUACACAUUCCAAUCUUGCUUCAGGGGAAACUGAGGAAAAUAGCUUCUCAAAAUCACAUGCAUUGAUGAAUCUUUUUGGUUUGUUUGUUCCCAAGCUCAUACCUUUUUGGGGUUUUUUUUUUUGUUUCACUUUGCUUGUGAGCAGGCAAAAGGAACUACACCCAAUCGGCUGCCCCCUCUCUUUUGUGUGGUUCUGUGACCUUCUGCAGCAGCAUUGUUACUUAAAUUUGAUUUUGCUUUUGGGGUUGGUUUGACAAAAUGGGAGCCAACAAGAUUAAAGUGUUCUACAAAGGGUUCAAAUUCAUCACUCAAAUCUUUGUUGUGAAGGAGAGAGAGCUGGAGAUUGGGUGCCCAACUGAUGUAAAGCAUGUUGCUCACAUUGGGUGGGAUGGCGCCUCUGGGAAUCCACCCAGCUGGAUGAGUGAGUACAAGACAGCUCCUGAAUUCUCAUCCUCAAAACCUUUUGGUGCAGCAAAUGGAGUUCCAAAAGAGUCCAAUUCCACGUCUUUCUCUCCAUGGUCCUCUCAAGAUUUUAGUGAAUCAAUGGGGCUUCACCAGAUGCCUGUGUCAACAAUGCUGGAUCAAACCGUGCCAACUUCAGACCCACCAAGCAUCCCUAAGAAACUGAAGAGGAAAAAGAAGUCUGCGUCGACAUCAACGCCUUCAAAAGGUUCAUCGUCGUCUUCUUUAUCGAAGGCUUUACGGUCAUCCAAGGCUAAUAAAGCCGUGUACCACGAGACAAUGCCAUCCAUGAUUGCACAAGCUUAAUUAGUAGCCCGAUUUGUCGAAGUGUAUAAGGAAUGUGCAUAGCAGGAAGAAGGCGUCUUUUUUCUCUUUCUUGGUGAUCAAGGCUUCUGUAAAUGUGUUGACAAAGUGUACUACAAAUAUUGACUGUUGGAGUACUUAGGGCUUGAUAUGGUAUAAGGGGAGCAUAAAAGGUAAUGUUAGAUUGCAAGUUCUACUCCUGAGGUUUACAAGAAUGUGUUGUGAAACAAUAUUGUAAGGAAAUGUGGGUUCAAAAGUGAGAAAUUUUUUGGAAUUCAAUUUGGUUGGAUUGAAUGAGAAAGCUCUGGUUGAUGAUUGAUUUGUGGUUAGGGAUUGGAGAUACCUAUGGGCUUUGUAUAGUUUGGUAACAUGUCAAGCUUAUUUAUGGUUUAGAGUGGUCUAAUGUGAUUCAGGCACAGGUCUUUGUCUCUUUAAAAUUUAAAUCACAAAUUCUGUAAAGCUCUCCUGCCAAAUGCAUUCGAAUAUACAAACCUCAACCAAUCAUUAGCUAAAUCUAGUGAAUGGAAUUUAUAUAAUUUUAUGGAACGCUUUCUUGAAUAGGCCAAAAUAUCAAAACUAAAACUUGGAUCGCUGUGUUGUUCAUAUAUUAAUAAGUUGUUUAUACCUAAAAUUAUUUUGGCUCGACUACUACUACGAGGUUGGGUGAGGAUGCGUUUGUCCAUAUGCGGAGGGAGGGAACUUUGCCCUUGUCCUAGGACAGGGGUAAUCUUUUGAGAGGGAAAAAAUAACCCCACAUAUGUUUGACGGAGAAUAAAAAGUAAUAUAAGGAUGUUUUGACA